AUGUUAAGAUCAAUUCGUUCAUUUUCAUCAACUUCUAAAAUGUUAAAAACAUUAAAAAUAGGUUUAAUCCCUGGUGAUGGUAUUGGUAAAGAAGUUAUACCUGCUGGUAAACAAAUUUUAGAAAAUUUACCAUCAAGUUAUAAUUUAGAUUUUGAAUUUGUAAAUUUAGAUGCUGGUUUUGAAUUAUUUAAAAAAACAGGUACUGCAUUGCCUGAUAAAACUGUUGAAGUUUUAAAAAAUGAAUGUGAUGGUGCUUUAUUUGGUGCUGUUUCUUCACCACUGUCUAAAGUUGAAGGUUAUUCAUCUCCUAUAGUUGCAUUAAGAAAAAAAAUGGGUUUAUAUGCAAAUGUUAGACCUGUUAAAUCUGUUGAAGGUAUUGGUAGACCAGUUGAUAUGGUUAUUGUACGUGAAAACACCGAAGAUUUAUAUGUUAAAGAAGAAAAAACAUAUAAAAAAGAAGAUGGUACUAAAGUUGCAGAAGCAAUUAAAAGAAUUUCAGAAACUGCAACUACCAAAAUUGCAAAAAUGGCUUAUGAAAUUGCAUUACAAAGACAAUCAAUUAGAGAAAAUACAAAAACAAAACAAUUGCAUUUGAAACCUUCAGUUACAGUAACUCAUAAAUCAAAUGUUUUAUCACAAUCAGAUGGUUUAUUUAGAGAAACUUGUAAAAAAGUGUAUGAUGUAAAUAUAAAUGAUUAUCAAAAUAUUGAAUAUAAAGAACAAAUUGUUGAUUCAAUGGUUUAUCGUAUGUUUAGAGAACCUGAAAUUUUUGAUGUUGUUGUAGCUCCAAAUUUGUAUGGUGAUAUUUUAAGUGAUGGUGCUGCUGCAUUAGUUGGAAGUUUAGGUUUAGUUCCAUCAGCAAAUGUUGGUGAUAAUUUUGCAAUUGGUGAACCAUGUCAUGGUUCUGCUCCAGAUAUUGAAGGUAAAGGUAUAAGUAAUCCAAUAGCAACAAUUAGAUCAACUGCUUUAAUGUUGGAAUUUAUGGGUUAUCCAGAAGCUGCUGCAAAAAUUUAUGAUGCAGUUGAUGCUAAUUUAUCAGAAAAUAAAAUUAAAACACCAGAUUUAGGUGGUAAUUCAAGUACUCAAGAAGUAAUUGAAGAUAUAAUUAAAAGAUUUUAA